AGCUUGCUUAGUCCGUCCCGCGUCAAACCCCUCCAGUCCAAACUCUUAUGACGAUUUUCUUUUUCUUGUUCUUUUCAAUCGGAUUGCUACAUGUAACUAUCCCCCAAACUUCUUCAUCAAUUUUCGACAAUUCCUAUUUUUCCCACCAAAACCACCGGUAUAUCCAAACUUUGACUCAGGUGAUAAUAAUACUGGCACGAUAUUUCAUUCGGUAGAUAAUCCAUCAUGGAGGAAAUUACCAAGAUGUCCGGACCAGUUCCGAAGAACUUCGAUGCAGACAAUGCAGACAAUCUUGAAGACAUCGAGAAGCAAUUUGCAGUGAAAGCGGUUCAGCAUCUCGAGACGUACUGGGCUAUCCUCGAGAAGGUCCGAGGUUCAUCCUUACGAUUGACCAAGAUGGACGACGAGAUCUACAACCAUCUGAAAACCGAAUUCCCCGACUUCGACCCUGCUGCCACUAUCAACGAAGACGAGAUGAAGAAUAAGUCAGGCAAGGAACGAUGGCGCAAGUUUAUGAUGGCUUAUGAAAAGAGAGUCGAUGAUUAUAACUUCGGCACCAUGCUACGGACGAGCCCGAAAGUAGAAUACGAACAGGACACAACCAUCUUCGUACCUCGAAUGCAGUUCUAUGCGGUCGAGAUCGCGAGAAACAAGGCUGGUCUGAAUGAUUGGAUUUACGAGAAGGCUAAAGGUAUCGCCAAGUCCUAGGGCUCACGAAAUACGAUUUAGUACCAACGAAUGCCAACGGCGAGAUUAUUUUUCAGUUACCACCAUCGUCGACAAUGAUACCCAUACAAAAGAAGGGAUUGAGGAGGGUGGGAAUGGAUGGGUGUAUAAGGCCUAGGAGAAGGCCAACACGAUCUAGAAUCCUCAAAUCAAUUUAUAUUAAGAGGAAUGAAUUGAGGUGGUUGUAUUCUUUUAACCCUCAGCUAGAGCGCCUCUAUAUCCCUCAGAGCAUUGUCUUGCACUAACAACGUCUAGAUGCAUGUAGCAUUUGGCCUCAGGGACAAAUAGACGGGCGC